AUGGAGGAUAUCUUAACACAGAAUCAACUUGACACAAGCAGGAAUACUAGAGCAGCUUUAUGGAAGAAGCAAGUCAAGCAAUUAAAACUUAAAGAUGUUGGUAAGAAGAUAGAGGCAAUGCAAUUCUGCAUUCGGAACGAUCGAUUCUUUCGGGAGCAGCUGGAGGUGCUUCCUCUUCUGAUGGGAUUUCUUUCAAGAACUAAAACUCCUGCGCUCGUCAUGGAAACUCUUGUUGCCCUCUUCACGCUCAUUUCACCUUCAUCUGCAACGCAGAGUAUCAAUCCAGAAUCAGAAGUAAUUCACGCUGAACUCAAUGCGAAGUAUAUACUUGAGCGUAGUACAAGUCACGAUGCUGCAUGGAAGGCAGGAGAGCCGUUCGUAGUUCUUUUCAGUAUGAAAGCUUUGGCUUCAGAAAUUCGAAUCAAAGCAAUCGAAGUGCUUGACCGCCUUUUAAACCUUCACGGUAUCCUGUUUACAGAACUGGAGGAAAACACUUCGACGUUAUCCAAGUUCAUGCCAAUUGAAUCGACUUGCUCAUCAUUGUUAAGCUGUUUGGGAAGUGAAGAUGGUGAUUUGCAGUUUGCAGCACUUUCGUGUCUUGCGUCAGCUAUAAAAUGUUUUUUAAGUGAUGAAACUAUGUGCCGCUUUGACUUUGAAAAUGUCAUUUCUCGGAGCUUAGGACUUCUGUCGCACUCCGAGCGACGCUUUCAUCGUCCGGCACUCAACAUCGUUGAAGCCUUUUCGAAAUUUGAGUCUGGAAGGCAUAUCUUAAUAAAGAAUGUUGCUAUUGAUGCAUUGGGUAACGCGAUUCGAGAAGCUCACGAAAUACUUCAUAAGAUUUCCACUAUCGUGCCUACCAAAGGAAUAGGUGCUAGCCCGUUAUCAGCUAACGAUGCUCUAGUUUUAGGUUCCUGCAUUGUAAUCCUAUGUCAAGUAUUUGUACGAACAACUCUUGCAAGAUAUCAAAUGGCGAAAAUUGAAUCCGACAAAGAUGAUCACAUCAUUUUGAUGGAUGUAAUCGAGGCAAUGAUUGGCAUUCUUCAAUUCGAUAUUGCAACUGCCUUAACAUCACGAGUAAAUCAUACUGAGUCCACACGAAUGACAAAUGGUACAACCGCUGCAGCUAGUACAAAAGCGGCCAAUACUGCUUUGCUAGCAGAUCUCUUUCCAUUCAGUAUCGAGCGAUGUGUGGAUGAGGUUCAUCAGCAUCAUCAAAUCGCAGACAGGCUUCUGCAUACUAUCUAUAUCAUUGAUGAUUUUGAAUCGGCGAAAGGAAUUCACGAUGAAGGAGUUGAGGCUGGACAAACGCACAAAGCAGAAUAUUCAAGUAAACUCGAUCCUUGUAUUAUCUGUGCGGUCUCAAUUCCGUUGGAUUCAGAUGAAGCUGAAAGUGGUGAGUCCAAAAAUGGUGCUGCUCCAUCUCUCACUUUACAAAUGCCGCCUCUUGUCGCGGUGGAUACACUUUUGGCUCUUCUGGAGACCAGUUAUGAAAGUGCAAACAAAGGAUUAACUUUUCGAAUUCUUCGAUGGAUUGGGGCUCUAGUUGAUUUACCCGAAAACGCCAAUGCGUUAGGUGAACGAGCUGUUUCGAUACUUUUAAAGAUAUUGGCUACAACGCCUUUCACUCAUUCACUGCUCUUUGCAUUUCUUGCCAAAAGCAUUCAUGCCAUUGUGCUUCAAAACCCAAAAGCAUUCGAGCUUUGUGGUAGACCCGGUAGUGAGCUUAUAAGCUUGCUAUUUCAGUUUCUACAUAAGACUGGAGAAAAUCCUGAGGAUUCAAACGAUCUUGAAGAUUCACUUUGUAUCGAGAAUCGUGCAGAUAUAUCGAAAACUAAAUCCAUCGAGACUUCACCUGAUCAAGAUGAGAAUGUUUACGAACUUAAAGAAGUCGACAAUUACGAAGACGGGAUCGCAUUAACGCCAAUUCCUGGGUCAGAAUUAUUUUACAACAUUGACAGCAUUGACGUGCUUCUUGCUGUUUCGGAAGCCAUUGCUGCACUGGCAAGAGCUUAUCAAAAGUGGAACAUUUCACCAAUUAUUGAUACUUUCGAAGUUCCAGUUUCUAAACUUGCUGCACCUGUAAAAUCUGGGGCUUUGCUGACAGCAGGAGAGAGCAAGAAGAAAAUUUCAGCAGAUCAUGAGAAAUCGUCAGUUGUGGGUGAUGCCAUAAUGCUUGGUCUUUUGGAAGGAUCUAUGCAAGUAUUGAAACUGAUUUCGCAGUUCAUGGGCGUCAAUCCAGCUGUGUGUGUAUCGCUUUUAGAGCUACUUGAUAUAUUAAUGACGACUCCUAAAGGAAUGAAAGUAAUGCUCGAGCUGGCAAGAAGCGAAGUGCAAGCAUUAGGUCUAAACGAUCAAAGCGACGGUUGUCUUUCAACAUUGACGGCGGAAACUUGGCCUUUAUCUGUAAAUUCUUCCCGUCAAAUGGAGCAUACAAUUUUGCUUCUUCCACUUUUGAACGUACUCCAAUCUCCCGACACUUCAUUCUUAGAGAUCGAAGCAGCUGUGCGCUUAAUUACAGUGAUGACAAGUGAUCACGUGGAAGCUACGGUUGAACCUCCUAAAGAAGUUAUUAAGAACCUUAAAAAAGGUGGAGACGCUGCACCUGUUGUGAACUCGUUCUCGUCACUUCCUCAGAUUGUUAUUACUGAAAGUGACCGCUUUAUCAAUGCUGGUGUUGGUUGUGGAAUGAUAGUCGUGCUGUUAGCUUUCAUGGAUACCGUUCGACUUCCAAAAGCAACAGAAGAUUCAAACAAUCGUGUUUGCAUUCUUACAACGCAAAUUGACAACUUACUGCAGAAGUUUAUCACUUUAGGUCAAGAGAAAGAUGCAAUGAUUAUGACAAAAUACAAAGAAUCAAUGAGUUCUGAAGGACAAUUAAGCAGUGAGACGCCCGAUUUAAAGUUACCAUACAAGACACAGUGGGCUCAACUUCUUAAUCAUCAGUUUGACAUCCCCCGUUUCGGGUAUAUGUCAUAUUCUGCACUGCUUCUUGCUACUGAACUUGAACAAUCGAAGUUAGUUAAGAUGUUACUAAGUGUAGGGGCUUCAUCUGAAACGGUGUCAUCAGGAGGAUUGACACCAUUGAUGAUUGCCUUCUUGAUUGGAAACACUUCAAUGGUGAUUGAUCUGCUUGAAGCACGUGCGAACGUUGAUGCUAUCACGACAGAUGGCCACGAUAUCACCGUUUGGAAUUGUGCUCUCGUAUCAUCGAUGCAAGGACAAGUGAAUGAUUUGAUUACAAGCACGUACACUUGCGUAGGGGAGCCCAAAGAUGCACUCAUAAUGAACGCUCUAAUUCAACUUGAUACAAUAAACGGAUCCUUUCAAUGCCUGGAUGUAUGCUUGGAGGCUGAAGUCGAUGUGAAUGUAUCGAAUGCCGAGGGUAAUUUCCUUCUCCAUGCUCUGCUCUCUCAGUCUACUGUGCGUUGUAAAUUACGUGGACUUGAUGUUUGUUUUCGUUAUGAAUCUCAUUUGAAUGACCGGGCACGUCUGGAAAAGGCUGCAUCAGAUUUAAUUCGAAAACAUUCCGCGGAUGUCAAUUGCUGUAAUCAAAUUGGACAAACUCCACUUCACCUUGCUUUGUUGUAUGGCCACACGAACAUUGCAAAAGUACUGCUCAAAUUCGAAGCAAAUCCGAAUGUGCAGUGUAUGCACGGACACUUGCCUUUGCACUAUGCGUGUCUAGGAUUUUGUGGUACUUUGAAUGAAAGUGAUGAAGAAGCAAUUGAGAUGAUUAAAUUGCUUCUUUUGCAAGCCUCGCACUACCCAAAGAUCGUUGGAGUUCACAAGGAUUGGCGAAAGCAUAAAUCUGCUGAAGAGAAGCAAACUUUAGUGGUUGAACAGAUACUGAAAACUGGAUUUCUCAGUCUUGUGAUGCCUGAGCCAAUUGUAUGUAAGCUCUCAAAUCCCCAAGAAAUUCUUGCUACUACCUCAUUUCAUGGCAACUUCUUGCCUUGGCACUUUUCGUGUGGGGCAUGCUAUCAAUUCCCAUCCAAAUUUUGCCUGAGCGAUAGUUUAAUAAAGUUGUUUAAAACGAAUGGUCAUGUACGAGCGGAAAUUUUGAAAUAUUUCAUUCGAGAAUGGCACAUUGAUAUCAGCAUGAUCACAAAAGACAAUCUACAUGCUCUGCAUUUGGCGAUUAAAACUGAUGUGAAUGGUACUAAUCUUCCAGUUAUUAAGGUGUUGUUGGAGUAUCGCAAUCCAAAUCAUUCAGUAGAGAAGUCGAAAAAUUUAAACAUCAAUGCAGUUCACGAUCAUAUUCUCAUCGAUUCUUUGCCAAUAAUUCCUUCCAAGUCUCUUGUUUUAUUUCUCGAUACGAAUGAGAAUCGAAGACAAGCAUAUGUAUCGACGAGAUCUAAUGAUGGAAAGUAUCACAUCAUUCUGGAAAAUGGUCAGCAUCUAGAUAAUGUUGCUCGCGAAAAGCUGCAGGUAGCUGAUGAGUGUUUUGAUGAUUCUCACCGUUGGAAAUACUUCAUAUUUAUGGGGAACCGGUUCAGCGCUUUGCAUUACGCUCUGCAGUUGAAACACGACACACUUGCCUUGUUGUUAUUAGCUCAACCAGAUAUUUCUCUUGACCCUGAAGGAAACGACCUUCCUUUACUUGCAUUGGCCUGUGCUGCUGGUCAGUCAACUGAGGUGGUAAGACAAUUGAUUACACAACAGGCAAACAUGCGUGUGCAUUUACCACUACGAACAUCCAAGUGUGACUUAGAUAGUUUCGAUAGCAUGACCGAGCCAAUGCAUGCGGCUGCGCUUCAUUAUGCAGUCAUGUACGACAAUUAUGAUAUGGCCGAAACCCUCUUAUCGAGCCCACAUGUGCUUCCAAAUGUACAAAGAUCAGGAGAUGGUUUUACUCCGCUGCAUUUGGCGUGCGAAAAGGAGAAUAUCAAGAUGAUUAAAUUACUGCUUGAUCACGGUGCGAAGUUUACUCAACUAUCGAGUGGAGCAGCAAAAGGAGUGUCUCCUUUGCAAUUGCUGAUCAAGGUUGACAAUGUCGACAGCGAUCUUUUGAAAGAGCUUGUACGUGAUCAUUAUUUGCCUCCUGAAGUGCUUUUGGAAGGAUGCACAACGAACGUCGUAGUAGUAAACGACGACUACAGUCAAAAUUUAGCAGUCAAUACGAACGAAGAGGGUUUUCAGAUAAAUGACUAUGAUGUGCCUUCGUGUGCCUUGUUGCAAGAAGAACAAAGGAAUUUCGACAUUUUUGAACGUUUUCAAGCAGUGGUGCAGGCAAGUUCUGAUGAAUCUCUUACCCAAAGUGUAAGAAUGGAGCUGGAGAAGAGCGAUAAUGUACUCUGCUUGUUUUUCGAAGUACUACGAAAUUAUUUUCAGGUUAGCGAACCAAAUAACGAGUCUGACAACACACCACAGUUGUUACCUUCUUCACUAUAUCAUGUUUUUCAACAAAUACCCCACCGUCAUGAAUGUUAUCGUCACUAUAAGACUCGGUCUCAAUGGAAAUGCAAGAGUAAAACACCUCGAAAAAGCAAAGCGGCUUCUGGCGAAACAGUAGCAGAACUAGUAGCGUUGCAUGUCAACACAAUAGAAGAUGCUUGA